AUGGAGAAUUACACUCCGAGGGAAAUUUCGCAGAACCAUUGGGGUUUGUUCAGCUAUGUUAAUGAAGAACAUGCCACUCCGGAGAAUCAAUAUAUAGUGGAGACGGCCACAUUCGACGACAGGGCCCAGAGUGGAAAAACCAGCUUGAAACUCCGUUACGAGGUUCGCGGCAGUAACUCGCAGAAAGCUCACGGCCGGAUCAGUGACGUACAUACGCUGCAGUCGUGCAAGGCCAUCUCGCGCCUAUCAAAACGUCCAACACCCAGGUAUUCUGCUCUCCUACUAUGUCGACGUGAAUUUGCAAUCGUUCACGUUACCGAAACCGGAAAUAACAUUAAAGUGAAGUUUUGCCGCAGUCACUGCGGUCACGAAGUACAACCUGCUGUUUUAUCCAUAGAUCCCAAAUCUGAACAGUACAUAGUCUCCCUCUUGCGAGAAGGAUUCGGACCGCACCAAAUCUUAAAGAAAAUUCGUGCCGAAUGUCGCGAAAAUGACACCCAUUUACGCCUGUACUAUGCUUCGUACAGCGACAUAAGGCUUAUUGGCAUCCGGAACAAUGGAUCCGUCCAGAAGAGAUGA